GCUGUUCACCUUGCGCACACUGUCGCCUCCUUUCAUGUCCUUAUCCAUGGUUAGCACUUCUUUCUCGCCCCCCUGGUUUCCAGAGGCGCCCACAUUCCCUCAUCAAACCGAUUUAUGACAAAUUUCGCUGGCAAUCUGGUCCUGAGGGAACUGUGGUCAGUGUCCUUUCUCAUGAUCUUGAGUCUGUCGGUCUCGGGAUAUUUCGCCAACAUGUAUAUGUUCGACCACGUGCACCAGUUUGGAGCAGGUGUUUAUUCAUCCGGAGCUCCUCUGUACAACCAGCCACCAUACAAAUUGGUGUGCCCUCAGUUGUAUCCGCAUAUCCCUCUAAUCACGCCGCGGGUGUCUCCGCUGCCCACCCACUCUCUUCCACUUUGCGAUCCGCUGCACUCCACGAGCUGCCACAUGCUCUAUAUUAUGCUUCACGGUUACCUGAGGGACAGGCCACCAGAAUUAGCCCCAUCGGGUGGUGGAUCGUUGUGCGAUCAGUUGACAUGUUCAUACACCGAUCAGGGGCACUACAUUCUUCGAGUUGCCCUUUUCUCGCAUGAUGUCGCGACGCUCAUCUCAUGCCUCUUAUCAUGCAUGUACCGGCCGCUUCUUCCUCUGUUCGCAUAUUCACUUGUUGGGCGUUUUGCUGCGGAUUACGGUGCGUCAUGUCAUUCAUCACUUGAAAUCAUCCCAUUUGCACCAUCCAGUUCACUUUCUCCGCUCGCACCAUGCUGUAUUGGCAUAAGGAAAUACAACAUGUUCCUAUCGCGCUGAAUACAAUGGUAAAUCCUCAACGGAUCGUGUUUGGGGAACCCCGAUAUUCGGCAAGUUUUUUAAGGGCCGGGGGUCCAGGUUUUAAUUAGCGCACGUAUUCCGAGUAUUUUACCUGGGACCCCAGGGGUAUCCCACCGUAAAACACACCUGGAUUUCCCAGUGUUUCUUUACUGCGAUUCACUUCCCACU